UGCCAAGCGAGUGCCAGAGCUGAGCUGAUUGGGUUGCAGGGCAGAUCCCCUGGGAGCUGCUCUCUCCUAAUCAGCUCUUAUUGCCUCCUUAAAGCCACUUUAACAGCUUUAGGCUUUAAGCCUUUACCAUCGAAUUGCUUCGGCGCAUCCUCGCUCGGCUCCAUAUCUGAGUUGCAGCAUGGGGGCCCGAAAGCACAAAUGUUUCACUGGUUUAUUCAAACACAAGAACAAGGAACCUAAAAGCCGAAGUACCUUUUAUGUUCCACUUCAAGAGAAAGAGACAGACGUCUCAUCUGCUCUAAACCUGGAAGCUGAAAAACCUGCAGAAGCAAGCGUGAAGAAAGGGAAAUUUAGACGCCUCUGCAAAUCAAUAAGGAACUUCUUUCGAAAGAAAAAGAAGGAAUGUUCAGAAAUUGUGCAGGAAGUAAGCGCCACAGAGCUGAUCCUUGAGGAAAAGGAGCCACUGAAGGAUAAACCUAUUGAGAUCCUUUCAGAGUCUCCAGAUAUUUCCUCUGAUCCUUCCGCGAAUGUUGGAAAUACUUCGAUUCCAAAGAGCGAGAAGGAUGACGAAGAGAAGAAUGUUGAGGUGAUUCCUGCUGAGAGGACACCGAAAAUAAAUACAGAAGAGAAUGCUAUUUCCCUGAACAGGGAUGUAAGCUCUCCUAUAACUAUUAAAGCUUUCAAGCCAAUAUGUCUACUACAUGCUGGUUCCCUUGGAAAGGUAUACAGAGCCGAACACAUAGCAACAGGUACGGUUGUUGCUAUGAGGACUCUGAAAAUGAACCGCAUGACUGACAUAGAGGAUAGCGAUCGAUUUUACCUGGAGGAGCGCAUCCAUCGGAGGGUGCAGAGAAUGCAGAAUCCAUUCCUUAUUUCUUUAUUCUCCUCCAUUCGUACCAAAAAUCACCUCUGCUUUGCAGUGGAAUAUGCAGAGGGAGGUACGUUGGAAUCCCAGCUGAGCCGAAACGCCUUAUCGCUGGAAAGAUCUAUCUUUUAUUCCGCCUGUAUUGUCCAAGGUGUAAAAUUCUUACACGAUAACAGGAUUGUACAUAGGGAUUUGAAUCCACGGAAUAUUCUUCUGGACGGCCAAGGUUACGCAAAAGUAGCAGGUUUUGGGCUCUGCAAAGAAGAAAUUGGAUAUAUGAAGAGAUUCCAGAGCCACUGCGGAACUUUGCACUACAUGGCCCCAGAAAUGUUGACAGACGACUCCUGUGCCAGAUCAGUGGACUGGUGGGCUGUUGGUGUGAUUAUAUACCAGAUGCUUGUGGGCAAGCUGCCUUUUACAGGACAGGAUACUGAGGAAAUAAAGAAUAAAAUCCUCAAUGAAAGCCCAGAAUUCCCACCAGACCUGGCUGACAACGCCAAGCUGAUAAUACUAAAACUCUUAUGCAAAGAAGCCAAAUACCGACUUGGGUCAAGAGAAGACGAUGCCCAAGAAGUCAUGGAAAGUCCUUUAUUCAGGGGAUUAGACUGGGGAGCCUUAAUGGAAAAAGAAAUCCAGCCCCCAUUCAUUCCCCAAUCUGUGGAACCAAAGAUACAGAAGGAAGAGCCACAGAAUGUAAGGGACAUUGCACUGAAGGCUUCUGAGAAGAAAAAGGAAUCGGUGAGGUUCUGCUUGCCGGAACCACAGAACGCAGGAGAAUGCAGCAGUGUCGCCGCUAUUGACGAUUUCGACCUACAGCUGCAACUGCGCGCUGGUUCUUUUGUAAAGACAUAUCGAGCUGAACACCGAGCAACAGGGAGGAUGGUUGUUAUUAAAGCUCUACAGAAAUUACCUGAGACUGAUGAGGAUGAACACAGAAGGUUUCUUGUGGAGCAACAAAUCCUUACGAGGACAAAGACAACACCAAAUCCAUUCCUUGUUGCGUUAUUUACAUCGUUCCAUACGGAACAGCACGCCUACUUUGCAAUGGACUAUGCAGAGGGUGGUGACUUGGCAUCCCAGCUGUGCCAGCAUGGCAUAUCGCUGGAGAGAACUAUAUUUUAUUCUGCCUGCAUCACCCUAGGCGUGAAGUUUCUACAUGAGAACAAGAUUGUACAUAGAGAUUUAAGGCCAAGAAACAUACUUCUGGAUGGCCAAGGGUAUGCGAAAGUAGCAGGCUUUGGGCUCUGUAAAGAAGGAGAUAAUGACAGAAUCCAGAGCUGCUGCGGAACGCUGCCGUACAUGGCCCCAGAAAUGCUCACAGAGGGCUCCUAUACCAGAUCGGUGGACUGGUGGGCUCUAGGAGUUCUCAUUUACAAGAUGCUUGUUGGCAAGAAACCCUUUAGCGGAAAUGAUAUAGAGAAUGUGAAGAACAGAAUUAUCAACGAGAGCCCAAGUUUUCCACCAGAACUUGAUGCAAAUGCAAAGUUAAUAAUAAUUAAACUCUUACGCAAAGAGGCCAAAUACCGCCUUGGGUCAAGCCAACAAGAUGCUGAAGAAGUUAUGGAAAGUCCAUUAUUCAGGGGAUUAGACUGGGGUGCGUUUCUGAAAAAAGAAAUCCAGCCCCCAUUCACUCCCCAAAUCAGUGUGUCAGUCCAACUUGGGGAGCAAAGGGUUUACUUAAAGUGCCCAGACACCCCAAAGGCAAUAAAGGAAUCUGUGGAGUCAGAGAGUGAAAUGGAAGAGCCACAGAUCUCAGAGGAUAUUGCUCAGAGCGUUCCCACAGAAGAUGAGCAAUCUGCAAGCUCUUAUUUAAGCUGUGAUGAACCACUGAGUAAAUACACUGAUCCGCGUUCUGAGUUCACUACUUCCAGUUCUGAUUAUACUGAUGGAAGUGAUGUCUCGAGCGAUUCUUCUUCUGAGCCGGAAACGGCCAGAGAUUAUUACUGUGCAUUGAUCAGAGAGAUUGAUACAGCACUGAACCACGUAAAGGUGGACACAAGGAAUCAGACAACUAUUGCUGAUUUCCAAAUACAAUGUGAACUCGGUGCUGGUGCUUUUGGAAAGGUAUAUCGAGCGCAACAUAGAGAAUCCAGGAGUAUUGUAGCCAUCAAGACUCAACAGAAGGCUGCAGUCACCAGCAUAAUUGAGUAUAGAAGCAUUCUCCUGGAGCAGCGCAUCCUUCUUAUGGCAAAGCGACAGCAGAAUCCUUUUGUUGUCGGUUUAUUCGCCUCCUUCAUAACCGAGCAACAUAUCUGCUUCGCUAUGGAUUACGCUCAGGGAGGGACCUUGGAGUCCCAACUAAAACAAGGUGCCAUAUCGCUGGACAGAACUACGUUCUUCUGCUCCUGCAUUGUCCUCGGGCUGAAGUUCCUACAUGAAAACAAGAUCGUUCAUAGAGAUUUGAAGCCAGCGAACAUCCUACUGGACAGCCGAGGAUAUGCCAAAAUAGCAGACUUUGGUCUUAGCAAAGAAGGAAUUGACUACGGGGACGUGUUCCUGAGCCGCUGUGGAACUGUACUAUAUAUGGCUCCAGAAAUCUUCAUGGAGUCAAACUUUACCAGAUCAGUUGACUGGUGGGCUCUUGGAGUGAUCCUGUACAGAAUGGCUAUUGGCGAGUUUCCUUUCUUCGACAAAGAGAAGGAGUUCCUGAAGGCCAAAAUCAUAUAUACAGAGCCGAAAAUUCCUCCAGAGCUGCUUUUCAGGGUCAAGUUCACAUUACAAGGGCUGCUGAAAAAAGAUGCCAGACUUCGCCUUGGGUCACAUGAAACAGACGCUAAAGAAGUCAUGGAAAGCUCUUUAUUCAGGGGAUUUAACUGGGACGCCCUUCUGAGCCAAGAAAUGCAGGCGCCAUUCACUCCUCCAAUAAGUGUUCCAGAGCGAGUGGAGUUAGUAAGCCUUCGCUUACCGGGCGCUGGUGUCCCAGAAGAACUACCCCACAGGGCCCCGUUGGAAGAGGCAUUAGAAGAGUUAAAUUGUCCUGCUCUUCUGCCUUGAAAACGGGGUUCUUGUGAAUUCUUUAGUCCAGAGAUCCCCGGCUGACUAAUAAUGACCCGAUCUUCUCGGAGGAAGAAGACGUUUUAAGCCAAAUUCCUUCAUUUCUAUGAAGAUGAUUAUAUUUUUAUAUCAAUGUUUAUAUGACUUAUUUUUUUACUUAUUUGUAAAAAAAUUUGUAAGAAAAUGUACAAAGUAAUUCUAUUUUUGU